GUUAAUACCACCUUGCAGUUUACCAUAAAUUGUGCUGCUGCCGUUUCGCAAACAUUCUCAGGUGAUUUAGCAGAUACUGUGAACAAGAACAAUUGCGAAGGAAAAUGGCAUCAAUUUGUUAGCACUAGAAAAAAAUAUACUCGGGCCUCGCUUCUUAGGAAUAGUAACCAACAGCAGGUACUGCUAUUCAUUUACAUUUCGUUUGACCAAAAAGACGCGACGGAAUGGCGAAAAGUGCGAAGGUGAAGGGCGCCAAGCGCACGGUGGUGGUGAAGGCGAAUGAGAAGGCGGUGAAAACGAAAACUGCCGGAGGCCAGAAGCUGAAGAGCAAUAAGCAGCAGACCGCGCCCCUCUCCAAGCAGCUGUUGGCCGACAAGAGUUUCGGGCAGAAUUUUCUGAAGAACCCGGGGAUUCUGGAUAAGAUCAUGAAGGCGGCGGACGUGCAGGGCUUCGAGAUCGCCUACGAGAUCGGCCCGGGUACGGGGAACCUGACCUCCCGACUGCUGAAGGAGGCCAAACAGGUGAUCGCGCAGGAGAUCGACCCGCGCAUGGUCGCCGCGGUGCAGAAGCGGGCGCAGGCGGAGAACCAGAGUCACAAGUUCACCAUCAAGCAGGGGGACUGUCUCAAGGCGGACUGGCCGCCCUUCCACGUGCUGGUGGCGAACCUUCCCUACCAAAUCUCCUCGCCGUUCACGUUCAAGUUGCUGGCGCAGAAACACAAGUGGCGUUGCGCCGUCAUCAUGUUUCAAAAGGAAUUCGCGGAGCGCCUGGUCGCGCAGCCAGGAGAAAACUUCUACGGCCGGCUGGCUCUCAACUGCAGGCUCUUUGCCAAGGUAACUUCGACUUUGCUGUAGUGCAUUUUUAUUUUUUCGUUUUGUUUGGUGUCACUCUCACUCCGCCUGGGUCAUGCAGAAAUCCACCAGAUGCAUUUAUUUCCGGAGAAGUUUCUUGGUGCAUUGUUAUUGUUGUACUUGACAACUUUCAGGGAACUUUGAGGUACAAAAUUUCUACAGGUGCAGCGCGUGUGCAAGGUGGACCGGAAUUCAUUCACGCCGCCACCGAAGGUAGACUCUAUGGUGGUGAAGUUUGUGCCGGUGGAUAGACCGAUUGACGUGGACUUUAAGGAGUGGGACGGGAUGCUGCGGGUCGCCUUUUCUCGGAAGCGCAAGACCUUGGCCGCCAGCUUCCGGAACAAACCGAUCUUGAAAAUCUUGCAGCAGAACUUUCUGGCGCUCUGCCAGCAGAAGGGCGUGCAGAGCGAAGGUGCCAUUCUGGACCUGCUGAGAAAAGAGAUCACUGCCGUGGCGGAGAAGCAAAAUAAAUCACCUAACACCCAGAGUGCUAGCGGGCCCCGUGCUGGUUCUUCGAGCGCAAGCAGUACCAGUGGGCUGAAUUUCUUCGAAACUACGACAUCCACCACGCCAGCUGCGUCGACGGCUCUUGCGGCACCGACCUCGACCGCCACAGCGACCCCACCAGCAACGUCUUCUACUUCUUUCUCGAGCGGUCUAUGCCUCAGUCUCGGGGGGUCUUCGACAGCCGCAAGUUCCAGCAAUGCCCCCGUCAAGCUUGCGAUGAGCACCGGAACUGAGGAAGCUAUGGACGUCGAUGGCGCAAGUUGCGAUCCGAACCUCAGUGGCAAGAGCGCAAGUGGUGCGGCAAUAAAUCCAGACGACGCGUCGAGUUCUCCGCCGCAAAAGAGAAAAGCCCGGGGGCGGGACCGCGCCGCAAAGAAGGUGCAGCAGCACGACGACUCCACGGAUGACGACGCUCCGGCAUGGAAGCAAAAGGUGAAAAAGCCAAAGAACACGAACCGGCCCGGACACCAACUGCAGCGGGCUGCGGACGGAGCCCUGGUUUAUGCCGCCACCGCCGCCCACCAGGGUCUGCAGCUGCUUCAGGAGGCCGAAGAGCAGCGAAAAAACAGUACCUCCAUGGUCAUUUCUUCCGCGUGGCAAAAAGAGCACUUUACGAAGGUGUUCUCCGCCUAUUGCGUCACGGUGCUGGAGGAUUCAGGCGUGGCCAACAAGCGCGCCAUCACCCUGGACUUGAACGAAUUUCUAGCACUUCUGCUCGCGUUCAACCGGCGCGGAAUCCACUUCUCGAACGUGACGGACGGCACCGACGUCGCUAUGGACGAAGAGGACGAGGAGGAUGACGAUGAUAUGGAGCUGUAAGUUUUGUUAUGGUCUUUAAACGCAGGGCCAAAAGCAAAACUGUAGAUUCCUGCUCUGAGAUGCAAUUGACGACUUUUCUUGAAAUAAACUUCUUUUACUUCCGAUCGCCAGGCGUGAUGAUCAUGUAAUUGCUGCGCUGGAUGCGAUGCAAGUUGAGGAGACAUCAUGUUGUUCAAGGAGACUGAGUCCGUCUGUGAUUCGGCGAAAUAUUGCU